AUGUUUCAAGAAGAAGCUAUUUUCCGUUCAGCGGAUAUGGCCUAUAUCCAAUUGUACAUCCCGUUGGAAAUUUCAAGGGAAAUUGUAUCAAUGCUAGGAAACCUAGGGAAUGUAAUGUUCAGAGAUUUAAACAGUAAUCUUACUGCUUUCCAAAGAGGUUAUGUAUCCCAUUUACAAAGAUACAAUGAUAUUGAAAGAUUAUUAAAUUAUUUAGGCGAGGUAUCAGUAAAACACUCAGAAGCUGUCUGGAAAUACACCUUACAUGUCGAUGAACAAGGUAAUGAUAUCGAAACCCCUCACAUAAGUCAAAUAAUUGCAGAAUUAGACGUAAAUUCUCAAGACGCUAUUAAUGAUGUAAUGGAUGAUAUUAUUUCUUUUGAAUCAAGAGUUAAACAAUUAGAUGACUCUUUAGUACAAUUAAAGAUUAAACUAAAUGAUCUGAUAGAACAAAGAUAUGUUUUUUUCGAAUGUGGUAGAUUCUUGGAAGCCAACACAGGUUUAGCUGGAAGAUUAUCUCGUGAUAACAUGGAUGCCAAUGAUUUUAGAUUAAACUCUGAUGAUUUGAGCGACAAUUUAAGUGAAGCUUUCUCUUUUGAUGAUGAUACCGUAGCUAAUACAGACUUAGAAGAAGGUUUGUUACGAAAUGAUUUAGCAAGAGAUGAGGAAAUAGAAGUUUUUGAUCAAGUCGGUUUUAAUAAUAACUUUAUGAUCGUAGGCUCGAUUAAAAGAUCAAAAGUUGAAUUAUUAAACAGAAUCGUUUGGAGAUUAUUGCGUGGUAAUUUAUUUUUUCAAAAUUUCUCAAUUGACGAAACCUUGUUGGAAAAUGGAGAAAAAGUUGAAAAAGAUUGUUUUAUUAUCUUCACUCAUGGUGAAACAUUAUUGAAAAAAGUUAAACGUGUUGUAGAGUCAUUAGAGGGUCAUAUUUAUCCAAUGGAAGAUAGAUCUCAUGAUAGAAUCCAAGAACUAAAUACCCAAAUCAAUGAUGUACAACAAAUUGUUUACGCUACUGAACAGACUUUACACACUGAACUUUUAGUGGUUAAUGAUCAAUUACCAAAAUGGACCGCCUUGGUUAAAAGGGAAAAAUAUAUUUAUGCUACUUUAAAUCUAUUUAAGGACCAAUCACAAGGUUUGUUAGCCGAAGGUUGGGUGCCAGCAUCUGAGAUGAUGCUUGUAUCUAACUCACUGAAAGAACAUGGUGAACAAAUUGGUUCAGAAUACACUCCUGUAAUUAAUGUAAUCCAGACAAAUAAAACCCCUCCAACUUAUCAUAGAACAAACAAGUUCACUGGUGCAUUUCAAUCUAUUGUUGACGCAUAUGGUAUUGCUAGUUAUAAAGAAAUUAACCCAGGGUUAGCGACCAUCGUGACAUUCCCAUUUAUGUUUGCAAUCAUGUUUGGUGAUGCUGGUCAUGGUUUCAUUUUAUUAUUAAUUGCAUUAUUUCUAAUCAUGAAUGAAAAAAAAUUCGAAGCAAUGCAAAGAGAAGAAAUUUUUGAUAUGGCUUUCACUGGUAGGUAUAUGAUAUGUUUAAUGGGUUUUUUUUCAAUUUAUACUGGUUUAAUGUACAACGAUGUUUUUUCUAAGUCAAUGACUUUAUUCAAAUCAGGUUGGGAAUGGCCAUCAUCAUUUAAAAAAGGUGAAUCAAUUGAAGCUACAAAAGUUGGAGUUUAUCCUUUCGGUUUAGAUUUUGCAUGGCAUGGUACUGAUAACAAUUUAAUAUUCACAAAUUCUUAUAAGAUGAAGUUGUCAAUCUUAAUGGGGUUCAUUCAUAUGUCUUAUUCAUAUUUGUUUUCUUACGUAAAUUUCAAAUAUAAGAAUUCAAAAGUUGAUAUCAUAGGUAAUUUCCUACCAGGUCUUAUCUUUAUGCAAUCUAUCUUUGGGUAUCUAUCAUGGGCAAUUCUUUAUAAGUGGACAAGAGAUUGGAUAAAAGAAGGUAAACCAGCUCCAAAUUUGCUGAAUAUGUUAAUUAACAUGUUUUUAGCCCCUGGUACUGUAUCAGAACAGCUCUACAAGGGACAAUCAUUCAUUCAAAUGGUACUAUUAAUAGCUGCGCUAGUAUGUGUUCCAUGGUUAUUGCUCUAUAAGCCUUUGAUGUUAAGAAAACAACAUAACCAGGCUCAGUUACAAGGGUAUCAAAAUAUUAAUGAACAAAGGGUCAAUGAAUCAUUGUUAGAUUCCCAAUCUAAUGCAGGUGAUGAGGUGAUAAUAACCGAAGAGUUUAACAAAGAAGAUCAACACGAGUUUAACUUCGGUGAUAUAGUGAUUCAUCAAGUUAUUCAUACCAUUGAAUUUUGUUUAAAUUGUAUCUCUCACACUGCAUCUUAUUUACGUUUAUGGGCACUUUCAUUGGCACACGCACAAUUAUCUACUGUUUUAUGGGAUAUGACUAUCGCCAAUUCAUUCUCCUCUGCUAACUCUGGGUCCCCAUUUGCAGUAGCAAAGGUAGUAUUCCUAUUUGGCAUGUGGUUUGUUUUGACAGUUUGUAUUUUAGUUCUUAUGGAAGGUACUUCAGCUAUGCUGCAUUCUCUUCGUCUUCACUGGGUUGAAGCGAUGUCUAAAUUUUUUGAGGGUGAUGGUUAUGCAUAUGAACCAUUUUCUUUUAAAAAGCUUUCGGAUUAG